AUGGACACGGAGCCCUUCGACGAGGUGGACCUCCUCGCCCUCCCCACUUCCCCGGCCGUCGCCUCGCCCCCACGCCGCCUCAAGCGCCUCAAGAAAUCAUCCCAAACCACAGCCUCCGCAAAAGCCCCUCCCGCCGCCUCCCCGCCUCCUCCGUCCUCGCCGCCGGCACCAGCGCAGGAGACCCUAGCGCCGGUCCUCGGGUCUCCCGCGCCUCCUCCUAACUCCUCCUCGCCACCGCCGGCAGACGAGGAAACCGUAGCCCCGCACCCAGGGUCUCCCCUUCCCCCUCCUCCCAAGAACCCCUCUCCGCCGCCGCCGGCGGCGGCGGCGCCAGAUGCGGACGCCGUUGCGCCGGCACAGUCCUCGCCUCCCGCCCCGAUCUCAUCACCGCUCCCGCCGCCCGACACCGCCGAGGAGGAUGACGGGCUCGACCCGCUCUUCUCGGACACGGCCGGCCUCGCGGGGUGGGACCCGUCGUGCUUCCCGACGGGGGAGGACGACGGCGACGAGGAGGAGGAGGUGCUCGGGGGAGGGCUCAUCGAGGAGCUCCGGAGGGAGAGGUCCGCCAAGAAGCGGCUCGACAUGGACGAGGGGGAAGAGGGCGGCGGCGGCGAAAUGGGCGCCGAGCCGGAGGCGGCUGUGACGGGGAAGAGGAGCAAGAGGAGGAAGAAGGAUGCGGAUGGGGAGGGGAAGAGGAGGAAGAAGGAUGCGGAGGGGGAGGGGAAGAAGAGGAGGAAGAAGGAGCCCAAGGAGACGGCUGGAUCCAAGAAACGGGCUGAGAAGGAGAGGAGGGUGCAGCUUGAUUCCAUCCACGCCGAAUCACAGAGGCUGCUGCGAGAGACAAGGAAGGCGUCGUUUAAGCCGAUUGCGGAGCCGGUGUACAAGCCCAUCUCUUCAGUCCUGGAGAAGAUCCGCCUUCGGAAGAUGGAGAUUCUAAAAAUGUCAAACACUCCUGUUGAAGAAGAGGAGGAGGAAGAAGCUGAUGACGCCUCUUCAGAGCCUGAGAAUGAUCCCGCUGAAGAGCCAUGUGUGCCCGAGGUCAAGGAAGUGGGCUCAGAUGACAAGGAUGUAGAGAAUGUGAGUCCUAAUCCAGGUAUUGGAGCAAAUGCCGGUGGCCUGGAUGACCAUGUCAGCCCCCCUGAGGAUGAGGAUGCUUUGACUCGUGAGAAGGAUCUUAAUAACUCUGGUAGCAAAUCUCCAGACAAGGAACUUGUUGAUAAGUCUCAAGAUAAUCAUGAAGGCAAUGCCCAACCAAGUGAUGACUCCAACACUGAUGCGGUAGAUGAAACUCAAUUGCCCCCUUCUUCAAGCCCUACGAAGAGUACAGAUGAUAGUUCAUCGGAAGAUGAAGAAGACAAUGACAAGGAGAACAUUUAUCCAGACACUCAGCAAAAUGAUGUGAACACCCAUCAACAACCCCGACGAGGUCGUGCAGGUGAUUCAUCUGCAGAUGCUGCUAUCCUGAAAGACUUUCUAGAUGUUGAAGCUGAGGAAGAGGAUGAUAGUGAUGAUGACAUGAUGAGGUUUAAGGACAAUGAAGAAGAGGAUGGCGAUGAUGAAAAUGAGGUACUUACUGCCCUGAUAGCUGCUGGGUUUGAAGAAGAAGAAGUAGAUCACGAGAAACGCAACGCUCUCCAUCAAAAGUGGCUUCAGCAACAAGAUGCUGCUGAAACAAACAAUGUCAUUCAGAGAUUAAAAUAUGGUCAUCAGGAGAAGAAAAACUUGCCAGAUGAAGAUGACGAUGAAGAUGAUGCUGAAGACUGUGAGGAUGAAUCAGAAAAUGAAAUGCCAUAUGACUUGACUCCAAAUGUUGUGCGACAGAAUUCUGAAAAAGCAAAACAAAUGGUUGCCAAAUUGUACACAGAUGAGAAUGACACUUAUGAGCACUCUGAUGAUGAGGAAAUAGAGGAGAAUUUGGCCCGUCAACGUAUUUCAAAGCGAGAAGUUCAUAAUAGUUCAUUCAUAUCUCCGUUGGAAGAUGACAGUUCAAGGGAAAUGUUUAGUCUGAUAAAGAAGCUCAAUAUUGCUCCUCAACCCAAGAAGGGAAAGCAAGCCACAUCAAAUCUUGAAAUGCUUAUGUUCGGAAGUAACAGCAACUCAUCUUCAAAGUCGUCUUUUCUUGGCCGAACAACAAGUGGUCCAGUGUCAUCUUCUCACAGAUCAGUCUACAAAACCUAUGUUUUUGGUCGUGACGACAGCAAUAGCAACAGCAAGAGCUGCCUAGCAGCCUCUGAGAGUACUUCAGACAUGGACCAGACGAAUCCCAGCCAACCCAAGAAAGCGAAGUUCAGCAGUUCACAGUCGAAACCAGCCGCAACAGGCACAGGCUCCGAGAGUGGCUCGAGUUCAGGCGCCUCGCUGUUCGAGCUCCUGCGCAGAUCAUCUGUCGCUACCAACAAGCAAGAGCCCAGCCGCCCCGAAAACUUUGGCAUCAUCACCGAGAGUCAAGCGGUGCACCAGUUCUCGGCAUUCAAACUGUCGAGGAAGUUUUCCAAGAUUGGAGCAAGAAACUGA